AUGAAGCCCUUCACCCUCACUCUCUCCAAUGGAGAGAUUGCAACAGGUCGAUUGUCUAUCCCACAGUCGACUCAGAAACCAUUGCUAGUCUGCCUGCAUGGCGGCACUCAUGAUGCGGAGUACUUCGAUGCUCCCCCGAGUACUCCAUCACCCGGGUCACUGAUCCACGGGGGAUUCCAGUUAUUUGCACUAAAUCGCCCGGGCUAUGGUACAGGAAUGCCACUGGAUCCUCAAACGAAUGAGACAUAUCCCCAGCAGCAAGGAAAAUACCUCAAUGACACCAUCUUGCCUGCGCUCUGGAAGGAAUAUGAAGCGCUCUCGGGUGCAUCUGCCCUCGUCCUCCUCGCACACUCCAUUGGAGCUAUGAUGGUCACAAUUACCGCUAAGUCCUAUGCAGGCAGUGAAGGAUAUCCACUUUCUAGUUUGAUUGCCUCUAGAAUUGUUGCUAAGAUCAAUAUCACCUACACUCAGGGCCUUGCGAAUUUCAUUGAGCCAAAUGCCAGCCAUGGCAACUUUGAUCCUGUGAUGAAGGAUCAAUUGAUGCUGCAGAUCCCGGGUAUGUUGCUUGCAGACCCAGAAGUGAGAAAGCAGUCGGCGCGGCUUAAUAAACCCGUUCCUGUGGAUGAAAUAAUAGGAAUCAAUACAACAUGGUUGCAGAGUUGGAAUCGAUAUUCUCACCAAGUCAAGGUUCCGCUCAAGUACGGAAUCAGCGAGUUUGACGAGCUAUGGAGCUCAAAAACAGAUGCACUUGGGAAGUAUCGUGAUGCCUUUCCACUUAGUCCCAGGGUUGAAUGUGAAAUUGUGUCUAAUGCGCUGAGCUAUGCGGCACAUAGUUGGCUGACAGGAUGUUGUGAGUUUGCGGUUGAAUGUUCGGAGUGGUAUACUAGUAAGAACAAGAAGACAUAA